GAUUUACAAUCUCACUCUCUUCUUGGGUUUCUCUUUGCUCAAGCCAACACAAGCUAAACUUUUUUUCUUUCGAAAUCUAAUUCACAAGGCACUCCAUAAAUUUUCAAUGGAAGGUCAAGAAGGAACUCAGCAACCGCACCUCAUCCUUGCUCACAAGCUAUUCCUUCUCACUCACCCUGAUGUUCAAGACAUUGAGAAAGUCCGCCUCAAGGAGGAGGUUUUCGCCGCCGUUAAGUCUGACGAUAUGGCUCCUUUAUAUGAAACCCUAGCUAGCCAAGGGCUGCUUGAGAAGGAUCAAAGCAUUUUGGAUCCGAUGCGUGCUAAGAAUGAGGAUGAGCUUAAGAAGAUCGAUGAGAAAAUUGCUGAUGCUGAAGAGAACUUAGGAGAAAGUGAAGUUCGAGAAGCUCAUUUGGCCAAAUCUCUGUUCUACAUUCGGAUUGGUGACAAGGAGAAAGCAUUGGAACAGCUAAAUGUGACAGAAAGCAAGACGGUUGCAGUUGGGCAAAAGAUGGACUUGGUAUUCCAUACUUUACAAAUUGGCUUUUUCUACAUGGAUUUUGAUCUCAUAUCCAAGAGCAUUGACAAAGCAAAGAGCUUGUUUGAGGAGGGCGGUGACUGGGAAAGGAAGAAUCGAUUGAAGGUGUAUGAGGGCUUGUUCUUCAUGUCCACUCGAAAUUUCAAGGAAGCAGCCGACUUAUUUUUGGAUUCCAUUUCAACCUUCACUACCUAUGAGAUUUUUCCUUAUGACACAUUCAUAUUUUACACUGUACUCACAAGCAUUAUAUCACUGGAUAGAGUUUCUUUGAAGCAAAAGGUAGUGGAUGCUCCUGAGAUCUUGACAGUGAUCGGAAAAAUACCAUAUCUUUCGGAAUUCCUAAAUUCGUUGUACGAGUGUCAAUACAAAUCCUUUUUUGCAGCAUUUGCUGGCAUCACUGAACAUAUUAAGCUUGACCGCUAUUUGCAUCCUCACUUCCGAUACUAUAUGAGGGAGAUCAGAACUGUUGUCUAUUCUCAAUUUUUGGAGUCAUAUAAGAGUGUUACAAUUGAAGCCAUGGCAAAGGCGUUUGGUGUGACAGUAGAGUUCAUUGAUCUGGAACUAUCACGUUUUAUUGCUGCUGGGAAGCUUCAUUGUAAGAUUGAUAAGGUUGCGGGUGUUCUUGAGACUAACCGCCCUGAUGCAAAGAAUGCUCUAUACCAAGCCACUAUAAAGCAAGGAGACUUCUUAUUAAACCGAAUUCAGAAGCUGUCUCGUGUGAUUGACCUGUGAAGUUUCUAGUUGUUUUGUGCGAUUUGCAAUAUGAAAUUUGAUGUUUCGACAGAAAAAUGGAGCAUAGGAACUUCAUGGUGGAUACUUUGAUUUAAUCAAUCUGAUACUAGUUGAGCUGUUCUUUUCUAUCUAUUCACCAAUAUGUUUAAUAUUUUUAGCAUAUUGCUAGUUUCUAAAUGAAUUACUCUCUUCCUUACCCAAA